UCCUGGAAUUCAGUUUUUCGUGACUGCGAAAGGGUCUGCAGAGGACUUUCAGGACAUCUGGAGUUGGACACAUGAGACACUCACAGAGACAUCAACAAUCAGUGAUAUAAUGACAGAUCCAAAUCAAGACGAUGCCAUGGACACUUCUGCGGAGACAGACUCUGGAGCACAUGACCAGUGUGACUCUGAUACAUCAGACAACAGCAUGAAGAACAUAUUUCCCAAUAUGACCAUUGUAUUAACUGGAAAUACUUCAUCAGUCCAGUUUGGAGAUGAAAACAUUCUACUAGGACAAAGACAACCAAAUACUGAAAAUACGGCAAUAUCCAAAAUGAUUCCUUUACAGAAGAAGAUAUCAGAACAUCACGUCUCUGUGAUCAACAUGAUUGACUUACAUGAGACUGAACUUUACCUAGACUGUGUGGAUCGUCUCAUUGGUCAGCUAGUAAAUGAAAAUGAAAUCCACGCCUUCAUCUUUGUUGUGCGACUGGGUCAGUUAACAGACGCUGAUAAGAUGGGUCUUGACUGGCUUCAGAGAGUGUUUGGUGACAAAGUUCUUCAGUUUGUAAUGAUUCUCUUCACCUAUGAGACAGAAGAAGAGACUGACUCUAUAAUAAAUGUUCUGAAGAAAAACCUUGUUCUGGAGCAGCUGCUGGAGAAAUGUGGAGGAAGAUACCAGACUUGCAACAAGAUAAUGAACAACCAAUCAGAGAUGAGAGACCUGAUGAAGAAGAUUGAAUGUCUGUUUCAUGACAAUAAUCAGCAACGCUAUACUGGAGAGAUGUUCAACAUUGCAUCAAUAAAGAGAAAAGAAAUAGAAAACAAUGAAUGUGAUGAUGAACCCAGAAAAAUGGAGGACACCACAACAUCAGAGACUGAAGAAAAACAUAUGGGAAAAAUCAAAAACUUUGGAGCAACAGGAGCUGGAUCAGAUCAAUACCUACAGGAAAAGAAAAAACUGAAGUAUAUAUUUCACAGACUUAAUCUGGAAGACAGACACCAAAAUACACUGAGAGCUGCAGAUGUUCUUCAGAUAACCAAACAUUCAUUACAGACCCAUGAGUCUUAUGCUGAAGAGGAGCUGAUUCAGACUUUCAUACAAAAACUACUAAUGAUGAACUACAAAGCAAGAAAUAUUAAAAAUAAAGAGACCAAUGAACAGGAUGACACACAACAAAGAGAAAAUAACUCAUCUGAAGAUGAGAGUGAUAUUUUUGAUGUUUUAAAAGAGAUAUCAUUAUCAAAAACAAGCCAAUCUGACCUCAUUCACCCGAUGGAUGUUCAGAUGGCCGUGUUUCAUUGUGCUGAUGGUCUCCUGAAGCAGCUGAUGGUCACUAAACUGUCCCAGUGUCAGUACGCUCUGCCUCUGCUUGUUCCUGAUCCAUUCACACGACAGAUUGAGUUUCCUCUCUGGACAUUCAGACAAAUCCACAAGAGCUGGAAAAUCAGAAACACCAACAAUGAAAUCAUCAUUCAAAAUCAGCCAAUCUACAAGGCAGAAACUCCAAUGGUGUUUUUUUUCAGGUUUGGCUCUGUGUCUUCCUCCAAGUCUCAUCUGAUGAACCGUGUGAUCAAUGAGAAACACGACACGUUCUUCCACAGGAACUGCCCUUACAGCAGCAGAACCAGAGUCCUGAUGGAUGGAGUGGUGGAGAUCGCCUGGUUCUGCCCCUCUGGAUCAUAUGAUGAUAAAUUCACUGAGUGUGUAGCGUUCUGUAAUCUACACGGUGAUGCAGAAGACCAGGAGAAACAGCUGCAGAUCCUCACUGACAUGAGCUCAGUCAAUGUUGUUCUUCUGACAAAACUUGACAGGAAUGACAGAAAUGCAGCAAAGAUAAAUAACCUGUACAAGGACGGAAAGCCGCUUAUUUGUCUCCUUUCAGAGAAUGAAUCUGCUGUAAAUAAGUCAAAGAAAGGGAAAUUCAUCAUCGGUUUAAAAGACAGAAAUCAGUCAGAUGUAUCUGAAGAACUCAGAAGAGCUAUAAAUGCUUGUCUCUCAGACUCCUCUCACACUUUCAGACUUGAAGAUGUGUCCAAACACUCAGAGAUCAGAGUAGAUGAGGAAGAUGAUGAAGACUGCAGGAGAGGAAGAGCAGCAGCACAGCAGAUGAUGAGUUUACUGGAGAAGAAAGAUCUGACAGAAAUCAAAGACUCAUUUCUGCCUCAUCAGGGGAAACUGUGGCAUCAGUGGUGUCAGAAGAACAAAGAACUACAUCGAACUCAAGGAGAUGAGACAGAAAUGGACAUCAGUAGAAAACGCACAGAAAUGAAUAAAAUCCGUCAACAGCAGCAUAAAUCUGCCAUCAGUGAGUUUAUGAACCUCUUUUUUAAACAAAUGAACUCACAUGCUGCCAAAAAGAUGUUUUUCCUUAAAUGGCUCAGAAUCUUCCUGGAUGAAUAUACAUCAGCUGAUCUUUCUGCUCUACAUCACAAAUAUGAUGAAAAGUGGUCAACAGUCUUAAAACUGAAGGAGAAACAUGAUAAAUCUGAACAACUCAAAGCUGCACAAACUGAACUUGAGAAAGUAUCUGAGGAACUUCAAGCUGCAGCCUUUGGUUUGGAGCACAUCAUGAGGGAGAUCGGUCAGAUCUAUGAAUCAUGUUCAUCUGUGAAGAAGUGGUUUCACUUUUCUUCUCUGCCGUGUCUUGCAGCAGAGAUGAUGAUCUGUGGAUCUCCACUGGAGCUGAUGGAUGGAGAUGCUGCUCAUGUUCCUGUGAUCUGGAUCUCUGCUGUUCUAGAUCAACUCAUUCAGAAACUGGGAGACCAGAGAGUCUUUGUGCUGUCAGUUUUAGGACUUCAGAGCUCUGGGAAAUCCACCAUGCUGAACGCCAUGUUUGGACUGCAGUUUGCGGUCAGUGCUGGCAGAUGCACCAGAGGAGCUUUCAUGCAGCUGAUCAGAGUCUCAGACGAGAUGAAAACACAGAUGAACAGUGACUAUAUUAUGGUUGUAGAUACUGAGGGUCUUUGUGCUCUAGAACUGGCUGGAAGAUCAACUAGACAUCAUGACAAUGAACUGGCCACAUUUGUUGUAGGUCUGGGAAAUCUGACACUGAUCAACAUCUUUGGAGAAAACCCAUCUGAGAUGCUGGACAUUCUUCAGAUUGUUGUUCAGGCCUUUCUUAGGAUGAAGAAGGUCCGACUGAAUCCCAGCUGUGUGUUUGUGCAUCAGAAUGUUUCAGACAUCACAGCAGUAAAGAAAAACAUGGAGGGAAUGAGACGACUGCAGGAGAAACUGGAUGAGAUGACAAAACUUGCUGCUAAAGAUGAAAUCUGUGAUGCAGAACGUUUCAGUGACAUUAUUAGAUUUGAUGUUCAGAAAGAUGUGAAGUAUUUCACUCAGCUCUGGGAGGGAAACCCACCAAUGGCUCCAACAAACCCAAACUACUGUGAGAACAUUCAAGAACUGAAGAAGACUAUUAUGUCUCAUGCCUCAGAAUCACACGGAAUGGAACUGACACACUUGAAAGUUCGUAUUAAAGAUCUCUGGGAAGCUUUACUGAAUGAACGAUUCGUCUUCAGCUUCAGAAACACUCUGGAGAUUUCAGCUUACAGGAAACUGGAGACUGAAUACAGCAAGUGGUCCUGGAGUCUUCGCAGAGCCAUGAUGGAAACUGAGAACAAACUACACAACAAAAUAGAAAAUAAAGCGAUUCAUGAGGUUGAUGAAAUUGAUCUUCAAAGAGAACUGAAGAAGACAAGUGAAGAAGUGAAUACAUCAAUGUCUGAAUUCUUUGAGAAAGACAGAGAUAAAGAUAUACUGAUUCAGUGGAAAAUGUCAUUUGAAAUCAAAAUCAAAGAGCUUCAGGAAAACGUUGUGAGAGAAACAAAGAGGAAAUUAAAUGAGGUUCUUCAGCAGAGAGACCUGAAGAAAAAGAUUGAUGCUCAGAGGACACAUCAUGAAAGCACUCUCUAUGAAAAGAGCAAAGAACUCGCCUUAACACUCAGAGACAAAGCAAAUGAUGAAGAAACACUGAAGAAAGAGUUUGACUCGUUUUGGAAACAGUGUGUUAAAAACAUAACCAGAGACUCUCCUGUAAUCAAAGACAUUGACAUAAUGAGAGAUGUGAGAAAGAUCCUCAGUGACAUCUGUAGAAGUGCUCCUGUAGAUCACUGGAGGGAGAGCAGGGAUAUUUUCUCUGUGCCGAGUUAUUCAGAUUAUGUAAAACUAAAGAAACCCAGUGGAAUUACAGGAGCUUUGACAAAUGCUAUCAGAUCAGCUAAAGAUAAGUGGGGUUUUAAUCAGUCUCAAGAGGAUGAAUACCAAAUAAGCUCAUUUAUCACAGAUGUUGCUCAGCAGACAGACAAAGAGGUUCAGUCAUUUAACAUUUCAAAGAUGGGCUACAACAUUGUCUGCAUUCAACAUCUUAUAGAUUGCAUCAAAGCAAGAGUAACAGAACAUCAGGAACGAGUGAAAUAUGAGUUCAAGAAUGAAUUCUUCAUGGAUUUGGUUCUGUCCAUCUGUAAGAGAGCAAACUGGAUGAUCACUGACCAACACAGACUGUUCAGAGAAGCCAAUGAUCCUGUAAUAUAUGUUCAGAAGAAGAGAGAAGAGUACUCUAGUAUUUUCCUGAAAUACUGUCAUGGAUCCACAUCGGCUGCUAUUUUUGGUCAGAUCAUCAGUCAGAAACUUAAAGAGCCCAUUGAGCAGAGCGUCUACAAGAGGACUUCCAGAGAUUUAGCAGAUGAAAUAAGAUCAAGCUGUGAAUCACUGAAUGGAAACAGAUCAAAUCUGGAGAAACACAUCCUGAAGAGACUGGCAGAAGAGGAGGAUUUUGACAAAUACAUCAACUACAUUCAUAAUCCCAGAGAUCACUUCAAGAGUUUCAUCAGAGAUGAAGUCAGUCAGCACAUCACUGAUCAGUUCAGUGUCAGUGUUUUACCCGAGAUGAAGGAGAACAUUAAACUCCUGCAGCAGAAGAUCAUGAGAGCAGCUCAUCAAUCUACUGAACAUGUUCAAGAGAACAGAGGAGAUGCUGGUUUGUGGUUGAAGAGUUUCACACAGCAGCUCUCAGAUGAGCUGAUCUUCUCUGAAAAAGACCUCAGUGGAGUCAAACAUGAUGAUGUUGAUGAUUUCAAACUCCUAGAAGAAGUGAUAAGACAAGAACUUACUGCUGUAAUGUCUGACAUCAGCAGAUUCAACACAAAGACAUUUCCAGCAAAACUGGACUAUAAACACAGACCAGAUGAACUUCUGAUUGAUCACUUCUGUCAGUGCUGCUGGGUUCAGUGUCCGUUCUGUAAAGCCGUCUGCACCAACACCUUAGAAAACCAUGAUGGAGAUCACAGUGUUCCCUUCCACAGAGUGACUGGAGUUUCGGGGUGGUCUUAUAGGGGGACAACAAACUUGAUUACUAACAUCUGCACAUCAUUAGUAUCAAGCAGCACUGCAUCUUUUUAUCCCAAUGCCUCAGAUGAUACGUUUCUAUAUAGAGAAUACAGAAGCGCAGGAGGAGUUUAUGCAGACUGGAGCAUAACCCCUGAUCUCUCUGAACUGCCCUACUGGAAGUGGUUUGUGUGCAGAUUCCAGAAACAUCUGGAAAAAUACUACAAUAAAACAUUUCAGGGAAGUGGUACGAUCCCAAACGAAUGGAGAAGAUAUCCAAUACAUGAAGUUAUUGAGAGUUUGGAAAAAUAAAUAUAAUUGAAUCUGUGAACCGAUCUUCACCCUAAGAUAAUAGAUAUUGGAACAAAAUUCUUAAUUUUUGAGAAAAUGAAACAAUUAAUAUUUUUUUGUUUGGAAAGUAUGACUAUAAAUCAAUACUGCAGUAAUACAUUUGCAAUCAUGAAAACUAAAAUAAAAUAUGUGUAAUUAACUAAUUAAAAUAAUCAUGGAUUUAUUUUAAUUUUAAUUUAUUAUUUUAGAGUUCUUCAUUCAAGUGUAUGAUAACAUUAGAAAUUAUAUUUUGUGUUUAGUGCAUAUUAACAGUAAAUGCUUUAGGUAUACUGUCUGGCAAUACUGUAUCCCUUUACUUUAGAUGGUUUGAUCCCUUGAAUUAUUUUUCUUUUAUUAUUUUAAUCAGCAAGCAGCUUGUUUUAUAAUCCUGCAUAUUAAAUAAAUGUAAAUCCAAUACAAAUCUAGCAGUUGCUGAAUAUUAGUUAUUUUAUGCUCUCAGCCGUUGCUUGUUUGUGAUUAGUCUUUGUGUAUAAAUAGCCCUCGUGUUCCUAUUGUUUCUUGUCUAGCUUUGUUCAGGUAACCCACUGUUUGUGAGUAUAUAGGCUUGUUUGAGAUGAGCAAAAUCUGCGCAGAACCGAUCACCGGUGAUCACCGCGAGAUGCAUGCCGGUUAGAAAAGUCAUAAAGUAAGCAGUAUAUAUUAAAAUCCCGCACAUGAUACUAAGCGGGCAGACGGUGUCUGAGAUCUCCUCUGUUUUUCUAUGUGGAGAAGUGUAUCAAAUUAAUAAAGUAUAAAUCCUUUAGUUUAAAUGUGCUCACAUGAAAAGCCUUUAUAUGGUUCUGCUGUGUUUGUUUUAUGUUAGUUCUGAGAAUAGACAUAUGAUCUGUUUUCCUCGACAACUCGUAACAUUGUAAAUCAACAUCUGGAGCUGAUAAAUACUAUAUUAAGACAAUUAUUAUACAGUAUUUUAUGUAUGUACUUCGAGUCUGUCAAUCAACAUCAGCACAUCACCCACAGGAUAACACAAGCACAUUAGAUCUCUGCCACAAUUCUGUCCGCAUGUGUUCAGCGAUUACAAUAUAAAGCUCACACAAUGUUAUUCAUAUAUUAGUGCUACGACCCAGAAUCUGCCCAAACUAAACGUCAGGAGCCGCUACUGGCAAGAAGAGCAAUACAACGAUAAUUACACACUCCAAAACAAACUAAACACAAAUACAAUCAUACUUUUGUAGCUAACCAAAUAAACAAACUUCAUACUUCUCAAAAAAAGAACAAAAAAGACAAGAAGUCAACGAAUAUCUGCUCAGAAGAAGCACGUAACAAAGGAACGAAAUCAUUUUUCUGGCCAACUUCAAAAAGAGAGAGAAAAAAGUACAGUUUUGUGGAGAUUUAUGGUAUUUAUAAUUUUUUCCCCUGAAUUUGUCAAAAUGGAUGUAAAAUGAAUUUGGUUUAGAGGUGGCCGUUAUUCUUCUACAGUAUUAUCCAGAACUGACCGACAACUUCAGAGAUGAAGAAACGCUCUCGAUCUGUGAUUCAGUUGCAAAUUAAAGAAACGUUUGUGUUUCAAGGCAUUUUGUGAUUUUUCUUAAAUCAUAAACAAAGCGCAAAACAUUUGACAAAAUUUUAUUUAUUGAUGAUUUUAUAUUUUAUAAUAUUAUAAUUACAAAAUAUAGAGCAGAAAGUAAAAAUGAAUGACUAAUAAGCCAAUAAGAGUUCAUCUGCUGCCAUCUACUGGUUAUAGUGGUUAUUUGAUGUAUUUUUUAUUUUAAAUAAUUGUUUGUUUACCACAAAAAAUGUUAUUAAAAUAGUUUAAAGUGCUGUAAAUAGUUGUGUUGUCACUGAAAAGUGCUUGAAUUUCUCUCUCAAAAGGUUGUACAAACCCUGAACUGAAUGCGGUAAUAACGUGUCUAUUUCUGCCGCAGCAGCAUGUGAUCCUGUAGUUAGCAUUACUUCUGGUUUUCUACAUCAGCGCUGUUUGAAGUGUCUCAUGUGCAACAGCUCUUAUUAUUUGAUGCUUCAGCUGUA